CCCCGUUCUCGCUGGUUUAGGGUUUUGCUUGGCUUGGGUUGAGUUGUGCCGGAGGGUUUCGAUUUCUUUCCCGGAAAACUCUCUUUCACCUUCUCAGCGCCGAAACCAGUAGCGACAGCAGCCAUGGCGAGCACCAAGGUUCAGAGGAUUAUGACCCAACCCAUUAAUCUGAUCUUCAGGUUUCUUCAAAGUAAAGCGCGCAUUCAAAUUUGGCUUUUUGAGCAGAAAGAUUUGCGAAUUGAAGGCCGUAUAAUUGGUUUCGAUGAAUACAUGAACUUGGUUCUGGAUGAUGCUGAAGAAGUAAACGUUAAGAAGAAGAGCAGAAAAUCCCUAGGUAGGAUUUUAUUGAAAGGAGACAACAUAACUCUGAUGAUGAACACGGGAAAAUGAUGGGGGAGCAGCACCCUCUUGAAUCACAUUUUGGGGGUGUCUUUUUUGGGAGGUCAACCAAAGAGAUGCCUUUAAGACUUAUAGCCUUUUAUCAUAUCUUUGAUAAUAUUUCAGCAUCUCAGUAGAAGAAUUAUGUGUUGAUCAAACUUCUGCUUUCUGUAAACCCUUGUAGGUUUUCUAUUUUAUAAUGUCAUCUAAUUUCCUGUGGAUACUCCUA